CGGGGCGGAACCAACGAGCUUGUGCAGCUGUCAUGUCUGCCUGGCCUGGGAGCCUCCGCUUCGGAGGGAGCGACAGAGAAAGAGCGAAAGGAAGGCCAAGGCCGGGGCGGGGCUGCUCUGCGGAGGAGGAUGCCGCCGCAGCGGAUCGGAGGCGGCGCCUGGAGGCGUUCCUGGCCCAGAAAGGGAGGCCCAGGCCGGCGGGAGGCAGGCCCUACUUGAAGGACAGGACCAAUGGGCAGGCCUUGGCAUCCUCCAGACCGGGCUCGGCAAGAGGCCCCCCACUGAUCCAAGGCCCACUCCCGCAAGGAGCCAUUCAGCUGCACCCAGAAGCGGAGCCCAGAGGAAGCAAGGCAGCUUCCGGCAACGGCCAAGGACCCCCAACACAAAGCAUAGACCCCCAGCUUCUGCAAGCCACACAGCGCCUGCCUGUGGGGGACUCCAAAGCAGCAGGAGAAGGCCCUCCAAACCCAGGCAGCCAGAUGUGGGUCCAGGCCAAGAACUCAAGACCCCUUCUGCUCAGGACCGGAGGCAAGAAGUUGCUGGAGGACUGGCUGGUGUCCCGAGGAAAAUGUUACAAGAGGCCCCCCAUGCGCCCCACUGUCCCAAAACCUCCAAAGGCAAAGUCCAGCCUGAACCUCUCCUUCUGGGGCCCCUUGGAGGAGGAGGAAGAGAAGAAGAAGAAGGAAGAGGAAGAGAGAAAAGAGCAGCAGUACCUGGCCAACAAGAUCGUGGACACCUUGGCAGAGUGCCGGAAGCUGGCAGAAGAGGCAGGUGUCCGGAGUGGGGAGCUUCUUUCUCACUUGUUGGGGAUAUGCAGUGGUCUCCCUGCUGAGCAGAUCCUUGCGACGCUGACCCGCAUCCCGCACGUGGAGAAGUUUGCCCAGUUCUGGGUCUGCAAAGCCACACUGGAGGCACGGAGGGGCACCUUGGACGUGACAGGGCUCUACGAAGCUGCCCUCUUUGCCGGGGCCACGCCACUGCAGGAGCUGCAAGACGCCAUCGCGUGUAUUUUGAAGCAUGUCAGUGUGCCAUCCAGGGCCAGCCCUGUCCCAAAGAAGGAAGAAGAGAAUGCGGACCCUCUUCAGAGCCCACUGCAAAGCCCAUCAUGGGCUAAACCCUGCUCGGCUAUCAAGCUCCAGGUUCUUUCCCUGCCCAGGUCCAGCAAGCGACUCCCCCGGCCAGAGGUGAGGCUCCUGACCCCUGUGCGGCGCUCCCUGCGCAUUGAGGGUGCCACCGCUUCCUACCCACAGAUGCUGAGGGACCACGACCCCGUUGUCUCCUCCCUAGAUGAAAUUGUGGCUGCAGAACAUGGGAGCCAGUUCCUCUUCCGCAGCAACGCAGCUCUGUUGAUGAUGGAUGGAGGAUGCUGGGAACAGGCCAAGAAUUUGGUUCUUUCUGGAGGUGAGCAGCAGGUAUGGGCACCUGGGCACGAGCCAGGAGCUUCGGGUCAUCGGAGGACGAAUCCAGGAGAGAAGAAAACACUCAAUGGUCUGUGGAAGUGA